AUGAACCGAGCGCUGCAGAUGGCGUGUGUAGAGGCAGAGACCUCCGCCCGACUCUCCCGCAAGUUCAUCGCCAACAUCAGCCACGAGCUCCGCACGCCCCUCAACUCGGUCGUCGCCUUCAACUCGCUCCUCCUCGAGGCCGACGACCUGAACUCCAUCCACCGCGAGUACGUGAGCUCCUCCCUCACCUCAGCCGAGGCCCUCCUGGGCAUUAUCAACCAGGUGCUCGAGUAUGCGAAGCUGGAGGCGAAGGCGGACGGGUCGGACGAUGGGAGCCAGUCGAGCAAGCACGAGAUGAUUCCUUCCUCCAUCGACUUCACCGAGAAGCCCUUCCACCUCGGCGAGCUCAGCGACGAGCUUAGCGAUAUCAUGGCGGCUCGACUGGGAACUUGCCCGUUUUUGCUUGGGGACAGCUUCCGUCUGCGCCAGUGCCUGAUUAACCUCUGCGACAACGCCGUGAAAUUCUGCAGAGACGAAGGGGGGCAGGUGAUCCUGUCGGUCCGACUGCAGGAAGAAGCCCCGGCGGACUCGGCGUUCGUGUGCCUUGAAGUUUGGGACAACGGGGAGGGGAUCCCCUUGGAGCAGCAGGACCUGCUCUUCAAGCCCUUCUCGCAGCUGCCCUCGAAGCACAUGAGCAACAACGGAGGCACCGGCCUCGGGCUCGCCAUCACCAAGAGGAUCGUGAGCGCCAUGUGCGGGACCAUCGAGUGCGUCAGCAACACCGACGGGAGGGGAACGACCUUCCGCAUCGUCGUUCCCCUCCCUGUCUGUUCCGGACGGGACUUCGAGCUCACGUUCCCCAAGUUCAUGGCCAGGGACUCGCUGAGGUGA